AUGUCUAUGAUCACUGUUAGAAAGAACGGCCAUGGUGAGUGGAAACACUUGCACCAACUAGAAUGGAACUCUGAUUACCAAAACACCUUCAAAUGCGAUGGCUGCCAGGAACUGGGAAUCGGCCCGAGAUAUCGUUGCGAUCGCUGCAAUUACGAUCUCCACAAGCUAUGUCACGAGGUAGUACUGCAGCACUCUAAUUCUACUACUAGUACUAGGAUCUCCCACGACCACUUCCCAGGCGAUACGUUCGAGUUCCUACCCUUCCAUCCUCACACCCCGGCGGGUCGCUUCUGUGACGCGUGCGGGAAACGGGUCUGCGGUUUCGUGUACCACUGCAAGGAAAAAGGGUGGGAUUUACACCCUUGCUGUAGCAAUCUCGAGACCAAGAUUCACGUCGACGGUACGGAUUUCUUCCUCAAUCUGCCCAUGGCCGCCGCCGCCGCCGGAUCAUCGGGUGCUGUCUGUUGUCGGAAAAAUUGUCUGUGGUGCAAGAAACGAAGUUUGAAGGGGACUAAGAAGUGGGUCCCUGGGUGGUCUUAUGUGUCCAGCUGCGGGGAUUAUCGAGUACAUGUGUAUUGCUUGACAGAGAUUCUGAUUGAGGCAUGGAAGAAAAUGGAGAUGAUCAAGAAGAAGAAGAAGAAGGGUAAUACUAAUAGUAGUGAUGUGGGAUCAUCGGUUAAUUUGAAGGAAUUGGCUAGGAAGAAUAGCAGAAGCAAGGGGGAUCAUGGGUUUUUGUGGAAGGCGGCCUUGUUCGUCAGGACUCUUGUUGGCCUUAUAUUUGGAGAUCCAACGGUUGUCCUUUCUACUAUCUUUUUCGAACUGCUCAUCAGAUGA